AUGAACAAGAAGAAUGUGGAACUGACUGCGCAUGAUCCAAAGGCGACCCCACGGCGGUAUCCACUGAUACCGUCGGAUCUGCCGGUACCGAUUCCAAUAAUAGAAGCCAAGUCGACUACCACCACGGAACUUCCUGUGGUUGUUGUGGACAUUAUCUCGAUAGGAUCGGCACAAAACAAGGCUCUGCAACAAGUGCAAAAGGAAACUUUUGGAUCCCAUCCCAUGGUCCGAUUCUUCUGGGAUAUUACCGAACAAGACGAUCCCAACCCAAAAUGUGCUACCUCUCUAACCUACAAUGAUACCCUCGCCAUCCGACAACUCUGUCGAAGUCCCGAAUUCCACCUGGAUCAGCCACGUAUGCUCAAGAAAAUCCGUCACCACAUCUUUAGCAAGGAAUACCUAGAUCCAAAACCAAAAGACAGCAUCCCGGGUUGGAUGUGUGCUCAGCAACGACCCAUGGCGGGAUUGCUCAAGGCCAUGAAGGCAUACGAACAGCAGGAAAAACCAGAUUUUCUCAUCAUUAUGGAUGACGAUACCUAUUACAAUAUGGAUCUCAUGUUGUCUCUUCAUAACAGACACAACUUUUCCAAAAAGACUGCCAUGACAUCCCCUUGUUUUUACACUUCGCCAGUACGCUAUCCACAAGGGGGCUUUGGCAGUGUCUGGACCAAGGGACUGCUCAAUGCCAUUCAAAAACCCAUUCUCUGCAAAACAAAGAAACAACACAAGAACAUUUGCGACUACAUUCAACAAAACAACUUUGGGGAACGAUCCUUGUUUCAAGAAAAAAUGGGAAUCUUGAACAUACUUCAAGCCUACACCCAACAGGGAGACUUUUUGGAUCAUGCCCAUUGGUGGAACAACCAUACCAAUGCUGCCACGACGGUGGGAUUUUGUCUUCACAGUGAUUUGAUCUGGGGUUGGCUCAUGAUUCUGAUUGGAAAACUCAUGCAUCCUCGACUCAAGAUUGAACUUUGGGGAGCCAACAACAACAACAAUGUCAACUUACCUACUCCAGACCCCCAUUUAAUCAACAAUGUCAAUGCCUCUCGUGAUGACAUGCUGUGUCAUCUGGUCAAGGACAACUGCACUGUCACUUCGCCAGCAUGCCACUACCAAUCCAAACAAUCCAUGAGACGUUUGCAUGCCGCGGCCAUGCAGCAACAACGGGAAAAGUACACAUAA